AGCGCUAAGCAAGCAAAAUGGCGUCUUACUAAGAGAUUCGUGUAUUCGUACAUUCUUUGCAAAUGGUCAAACGUUGUCAUCAUUGUAAUUGUUAGAAUCGCUUAGUGUAGUGAUUUUAUGUUACAUCUAUUAAUUAUUUACCGAAUUUCAUCAUGGGUGCGUCAGAUUUAGAAGGUCCUGAAUUUAAGGGAGAACACUUAGGAAUAGAUUCAGAUACGGAUGGUUUAAUUGAUCAAAGAAAGAAGAAGAAGAGGAAACAUAAACAUCAUAAGCAUAAAAAAGAUAAAUUAAUUGAACGGGAAGAUGAACGAAGAGAGGACAGACAGGAAAGACGGAAACAUAAGAAACAUAAGAGACAAAAAAGAGAGAGGGAUAUAGAGAAUGGUACUGUAGAUGAGAAAUUAAUUUCCAAUGUGGUACAUAAAGAAGUUGGUAUGAAUGGGAAAGCAAAGAACUCUGUAUUAGAAGUUCUUUCUACAGAAGAAAGCGAAGAUGAAAAACUAGUUGAUUUAGAUUCAGAUGAAGUGGAUUGUACAAUCAUAGAAGACGAUAUCGACCUCGAAGAGUUAAUGAAACAAAAGGAACGGUUGCAAGCAUGUUUAGCAAACGUGCAAUAUCUGUCGGAUGAAUCCGAAAAAGCAGACGAUAAGGUUUCUCCGCGAGAAGAAGAGGAAACGAAGACAGCGACAGAGACACCCGAUAUAAUACUGGUAGAAGACGAUAGUGAUACCAAUGAUGCACCACCGAAGAAACGAGCUAGAAGCAAAUCAGGCAGUAGAGAAUGUAAGAAAGUGAUAAAGGCCGAAAGACGUGUUGUAGUUGAUAUGACUAGAGACAGGAAAAUUCGCGAGCAACAUAAAGAUAAGAGGAGAGAUUUUGAUAGGAAAAGAGACGACAAAGUCCGUCCUAGGGAGGAAGGAAAAAGAGAGGAAACACGGAAAGAUGAUAGAUCUUCACGAAGAACUAAUGAGAGGCAGAAAGAAGAUCCGAGAAAGGAGGAAUCUAAUAGAAAACCGGACGAAGACCAGCAGAAACGUAAAGAUGUCUCAAAACGAGACGAGAGUCGUAAAAGGGAAUCUGAUAGACGUGAAGAGAGUCGAAGGCGGGAACCUGUCCGUCAUAGUUCAAAAACUCGCAAUAAUGAGGCGAAAAGCUCGGAUAACAAGAGUCGUGACAGAUUGGAAAGUCGUGAGCGUCAAGAUAGUCGAGAUCGGCACAUUAGUCACGAUCGACGUAGUCGUGAUAGGCCAUCGAGCAGGGAACCACGUCGGCAGGCUAGUCGCGAUAAGAGAGAUAGUAGGAGUAAAGAUCGACAUGGUAAUCGAGACAAACAUGACAAUAGCCGCGACCGACGAGACGGCCGGUAUCACGACCAUCGAGUCGGCGAUCGGUCACGUAGCACCGUCAGGAGAUCUCGCAGUCCUACUCGAACCAGAUCGGAAAGGGAAAGGAAUGAUCGGUACAGAAGAUCCAGAUCACUUUCUCGGAGUCGCAGAGAUAGAGAUAAACAGCAAAUCAGGGACCACGGUAGAGAUCGCGAGAGAGAUAGAGAAAAGAAUAACAAAAGGGAACGCAACGAUAAAUAUAAGGAUUCUUUGUCGGAAGGUCUCAAGAUAGAACAUUCGGAGAGCUCGAGCGAAGAGGAAAUCAAGGACAUUGACAUAGAGGAGGAAGAGGAUGAAGAAGCAAUCAUAGAACGUCGACGGAAACAAAGAGAAGAAUUGCUCAAGAGACUGGGUGGACCAAACGAAGACUCUAAUAUGUCUGCUGACGUAAAUCUCGUCACUGGUUCUCCGGAAAGUCAUUCUAAUAUAUCACAAAAGUCUGUAGAAGUUCCAUCCAACAAUAAUGAAUCCGUUUCGGAGAGUCAUACCCCACCACUGCCCACAGAAAAACUGGAGUCUCCGCAAUCAUCGAUCAAGCGUAAAUCUAGAUUCGAGGAUGCGCCGCCUAACGAAUCUGAGAAGGCCGUGAACAAAACGUCCGAAAGGCUUAAGCAAGAGGAGAAGCAGAAUUCAAAGAAAUCCAAUGAAUGGGACAUGUUCGCGGAGGCGGAUAAUAUAGGCGAUUUUAAUAGCCCGACGGUCGAAGGAAAACGUCAAGGAGGACCGGACAAUCCUAGUUUAACAGAUAAUUGGGAUGACGCCGAAGGAUAUUACCGCGUACGCGUUGGCGAAACACUCGAUACACGAUAUGUGGUCUAUGGAUACACGGGACAAGGAGUAUUCAGUAACGUUGUAAGAGCGAGAGACAGCGCCCGAGGGAAUCUGGACGUAGCUGUGAAAAUCAUCAGGAACAAUGAAAUAAUGCAUAGAACAGGUCUGAAAGAACUAGAGAUUCUUAGGAAAUUGAAUGACGCAGAUCCAGAGGAUAGGUUUCACUGUCUGCGUCUUUUUAGGCACUUCUUUCAUAAAAAUCAUUUGUGCAUGGUUUUUGAACCUUUAGCAAUGAAUUUAAGAGAGGUUUUAAAAAAGUAUGGCAAAGACGUUGGUUUACACGUUAAAGCGGUAAGGUCGUAUACGCAGCAACUUUUUCUAGCGCUAAAGUUAUUAAAACGUGCAAAUAUUCUGCAUGCUGACAUCAAACCGGAUAAUAUUCUAGUCAGUGAAAGCAAGCUAGUGUUGAAACUCUGUGAUUUUGGCUCCGCAUCGCACGCCCACGAAAAUGAAAUCACGCCGUACUUAGUCUCGAGAUUUUAUCGAGCGCCCGAAAUCAUUCUUGGUAUACCCUAUGAUUUUGGCAUUGACAUGUGGUCCGUGGGGUGCACCAUAUACGAACUAUACACGGGAAAAAUAAUGUUUUCGGGGAAAACGAACAACCAAAUGUUAAAGUACUUCAUGGACCUAAAGGGCAAAAUGCCGAACAAGCUAAUUAGGAAAGGCACGUUCAAGGAUCUGCAUUUUGACACUAACUGCAAUUUCCUGUAUCACGAAGUUGAUAAAGUUACGGAACGGGAAAAAGUCGUCGUAAUGUCGACACUGCCAGCGACUCGCGACCUUAACGCCGAACUCGGUGGGAACUCUCUACCGCCGGAGCAAAGCCGCAAAGUUGGACAGUUGAAGGAUCUGUUGGAACGCACGCUAAUGCUGGACGCGGGGAAAAGAAUCACUGUGAAUCACGCUCUGGCGCAUCCCUUUAUACAAGAAAAGAUAUAGAUGAGUCUUCGAUUCAAAUCAUCGUUAAGUGCGGCCGGACCUUUCGAGGGCCUUUAGCGCCGAUCCCGUUACAAGCCCUCCCUGUGAGGAGGGGAGGCAAUGGAAGAGGUGAUGAAAACAAUUGAUGAGGAGGAAAGGAAAAUAUGCGAUAGACUAGCGCCUACAUCGUGUCAACUGCAUAAAAAUACAUGCACUGUCGCUAAACAGUACUACAAGGUUUAUACGACGGUUAACUAGAUUUAUAUCCGCGCGCUAAGGUUUGUCUUAAAGUUACUUGAGAUCGCAGUCGAGGAUUCGUAAGUAUGUAUGCAGGUAAAGUACAUGAUUACAAAAAUUUCAAAUGCUGCUAUUAUAAGUGCAAUUGACACUUGUACCUCUAUUUUUUCAAAUCGUCUUACUUAGAAACUAAGUUUUAGAUAACGGAAAUAUAGUAACACUAAUAUUUGCGGUUUUGAGUUUUCAGAUUUUUAAAGACUACGCUCUAUGAAAACGAAAAGCAGAUGCGAUAAUACGAUUAUGCUCGAAAAAAACUUUUUCUAUCUGUCCAUCUAUCUAUAUAUCUUUCUUUUCAUUCCUCUCUCUUAUCUCUCCCUUUCAGAACAAUUCCUGGAAAACAUGUAGAAAUAAAAUUUAAUGUGAAUAUAUAAAAUGUGAAUAAAAUUUAUUAAAAUUA